AUGUUUUCCCGAGGACUGAAGAGGAAGAGUGCAGACAGUGAGGAUGCGGCCUCGGGGCCCCCGGGCAUCCGCGUGGCGUCCUACGACCUGCAGCGGCAGUCCCUGCUGGACAUGUCGCUGGUGAAGCUGCAGCUGUGCCACAUGCUGGUGGAGCCCAACCUGUGUCGCUCUGUCCUCAUCGCCAACACUGUGCGGCAGAUCCAGGAGGACAUGACCCAGGACGGCACCUGGCGCCUGCUGGCCCCACCGACACCCGGGCCCGCACUGCCUGACCGCCUCGUCUCCACGGACAUCCUGUGCCGGUCACCAUGCGAGCAGGAGCUGCGGCGGCCAGAGCCCCACAAUAGCGGAUUGCCAGUGGGCCUCCUGGACAGCACAGGUCUGGACCUGCCCUCAGUACCCGCUGCACAGGGACCCAGACCUCCUCCCAGCAGCGUCUGGGAAGUAGAUGGGUCUCGGGGAAGCUUCCAGAAGUCUCUGGACCAGCUCUUUGAGACCCUGGAAAGCAGAAGCCCCAGCAGCAUGGAGGAUCUGCUGUCUGACAGGGAUGGUCCCUAUUAUGACUUGGACUCGAUGCUGACGGGCAGUGGCAGGCCCAGCCCCUGUGACCCACUUGAGGGCUUGGUGCCCCUGUCUGCUGUGUCCCCCAGCCCCAGCUGCAAGGCUGACCUGGGCGAGCUCGACCAUAUUGUGGAGAUCCUGGUGGAGACCUGA